CAGCCAACCACCGAUGUGGUCGUGAUCGUGGAUGAAGGGCACGCCUCUGCCCCCACCUCCCAGGAACAUAUCAACCAGGAGUUGUUCGGGCGGGAGAAACUGGAGGUGCUAGUGCCGAAGGGGGCUUCUGUAUUGGAGGGCAGCCUGAACCCUUCGGCACUGAUGAGCCAGAUGUUGCCGUCAGCUGACCGCUUGGCCCUCGCCAGGUUGGACGAGGGAUCCCUCGAGGCGAAGGUCCUUCUGAACGCUGCCUCCAGCUUCAUGGGCCUCUGCGAGCACCUCCGGAGGGUGGAGCAAAUGAGGGAGGCAAAAGGCGCAGCCGAAGGGGAGGCCGCCCUCCUCAGGAAGAAACUUGCUGAGGCUGAGGACUCCCUUCGCCUGGCUACCGAUGGCAUGGAGCAGCGGGUGCAAGCUGCGAG